UGAAAGCGUGUCCGUGCAGAUGCCUGAUCAAAAUCCCUAAUACACACGUGCAGGAACUACUAGUUCGCAAACACAAAGCGACGCUGUGGAAGUUUGUAUAACGAAAACAUUGGCGGCAAUAAGCUGUAAUCGAUUCUGUGAAAACCUGUUUUAUCUCAAAAGAAUACAGAACCAGUACGGAAACAAUGAAAAAAUUGUUUUAUCUUAAACAAAACAACAGUGAAAGUUUGCUUCUGUAUGAUUACAUGGAGAUUAAACCCUUCGGACUUCAUCAGCUGCAGGAUGUUAAGAAUGAACCCGCAGAUGUCCAGCAGCUGUUUGUGAUUAAAGAAGAGUUUUCUGGGAACUCCACUCUGAAACAGCUGAGCCCAGGGUCACUCCAGAUAAAGGAGGAAGAGGAGGAACUCGGGAUCAGUCAGGAGGGAAAGAGGUUUUAUGGUCAGAAGGAGGCUGAUGGCUACAGAUUCAAUGAUUCUGUAAAGAGUGAAGAAAAUGAAGAGAAACCUCAGUUGUCACAGCUUCAUCAAAUCAAAAUUGAAGACAACAGAGAGACAGAAGCUCCAACCUGCAGCUCAGCAACACAACUGAAAAGAGACCCUGAUGGAGAGGACUGUACAGGACCAGACCCACACAGAAAUCCAAGUCCAGAUAGUCAUUCACAACCACAUCUGGAUGAAAAAGCAUCAGAGACCACCGGUGAUGACGAUGAUGAUGAUGAUGACAUGAGUGCAGUGUCUUUAGAUUCAGAAUGUGAAAAUGCAGACAGUGACCAUGAUUGGAGGCCAAUAUCAGUCACUAAAAGAUCCUUCGGAUGCUCAGAGUGUGGUAAACAAUUAGUCUCCAAACAGUCUCUUCAGAAUCACAUGAGGCUCCAUUUAAAAAAGGAUUCUUCCAAACCAAAAAGGAAUCGACGAAAAAAAAGUCACACUGCUGAGAAACGGUUUCCUUGUAGUGAUUGUGGCAAAAAGUUUAGAUUUAAGUGUCAUCUUAAAGAUCACAUGUCCAUUCACACUGGGGAGAAACCGUUUCCUUGUAAUAAUUGUGGCAGAAAGUUUAGGCGUGAAUGUGACCUUAAAUAUCACAUGUGGGACCACACUGAGGAGAAACCGUUUCCUUGUAGUGAUUGUGGCAAAAAGUUUAGACGUAAGUGUGACCUUAAAUAUCACAUGUGGAACCACAGUGGGGAGAAUCCUUUUCCUUGUAGUGAUUGUGGUAAAAAGUUUAGACGUGAACGUGAACUUAAAUAUCACAUGUCGGACCACACUGGGGAGAAACCGUUUCCUUGUAGUGAUUGUGGCAGAAAGUUUAGGUCUAAGGCUGCACUUCGAUAUCACAUAUGGGACCACACUGAGGAGAAACCGUUUCCUUGUAGUGUUUGUGGCAAAAAGUUUAGACGUGAGUCUGACCUUAAAUAUCACAUGUGGGACCACACUGAGGAGAAACCGUUUAAUUGUAAUGAUUGUGGCAAAAAGUUUAGACGUGAGUGUGACCUUAAAUAUCACAUGUGGGACCACACUGAGGAGAAACCGUUUCCUUGUAGUAAUUGUGGCAAAAAGUUUAGCCGUGAGUGUGAGCUUAAAUAUCACAUGUGGGACCACACUGGGGAGAAACCGUUUCCUUGUAGUGAUUGUGGCAAAAGGUUUAGACGUAAGUCUGAGCUUCAAUAUCACAUGUGGGGCCACACUGGGGAGAAACCGUUUUCUUGCAAUGAUUGUAGCAAAAGGUUUAUGUCCAAGAGGCAGCUUAAAAAGCACACCUUACUCCACACUAGGGAGAAACCUUUUGUUUCAAAUAAUUGAGGUGAAGCAUUCAGCUCUUAAGCUGGGCUGACUUAUCACAUGCAAUGCACAUGAAAUGUCCAAAAGCCAACCUGCAUCAUGAUGUUGAAGAUUAAAUGUGUUCUUGGCUGUC